AUGGCUCCUAUCUCUAAGACCCUCGCCCUUGCUGGCGCUUUGUUCGCCUUGACUGGCUAUUCGGCCCCCGUUGAUAAACGUGCUGUCGUUUGGGAGGUUGUCACCGAUAUUGUCUGGACCACCGUCGAGGUCACCGUGACCGUCGACCCCCAGGCCACUCACACCACCGUCGCCCCUGUGGUUGCCACUACUACCACUGCCACUACUACCACCGCCGCUGCUGUCCAGGCCCUCGCUCAGGAGCCGGGGAAGGUUGCGCCCACCACCACCUCGUCCACUACCACUGCCGCUGCCACUACCACUACUGUUAAGGAGCAGGAGAAGGCCGCGCCCACCACUACCUCCUCCACUACCACUGCCGCUCCUGUUCCCACCCUGGAGGCCUAUUCUGCUCCUGCUCCCGUCGUGGAGGCUGCCGAGACCUCCACCACUGCCUCUGCUAUCACCCGCGCUACCAACACCGAGACCACCGGCAGCAGCGGUCACACCGGCGCCUGCUCUGAGAGCUCCCCUUGCGAAGGUGAAAUCACAUUCUACGACACUGCCACCACCGCCACCAACCCAAGCUCCUGCGGCAACACUAACGAUGGUACCGUCGAGAACGUUCUCGCCCUGCCCCAUGGUAUCAUGAAAGACAGUGACUGCGGUAAGACCGUCACGAUCACAUACAAUGGCCAAACCGCUACCGGUAUUGUGGUCGACAAGUGCAUGGGUUGUUCCAACGGCGAUGUCGAUCUCUCCCGCCACCUCUUCGGCGAGCUCUCAUCCUUCAGCAAGGGCCGUGUCAGUGGUGCCAAGUGGUACAUCCACUAA